GUGCGACAAAUCAGUGCAUAAAGUGUGUGGUGUUUGCGGGCACUCGGCUAUGGGUAAAAACUUCGGCGCCGUUUCGUGUGAGCCCUGCAAAUCAUUCUUUAGGAGAAACUCGUUGAAAAUAAACCUUAUAUGUCAUUUUGACAACAACUGCAAAAUAGAUGUCAUAACCAGAAAAUAUUGCUCAAAAUGUCGUUUAGAUAAAUGCCUGGCCAUCGGAAUGAGACGGGACUGGAUAAUCAAUGAUGAGGAACGAGAGCUCAAGAGACCUAAAACAAUGACAAAUAAAAUACAGAGAAAUAGUUUAAAUAAUUCAAUAAAUAAUGAACCAAAUAAUGACCAUGGUCAAAAUACAACACUAUAUUCAUCUCAGGAAACUUCAUGCAUUGAAAAUCACAUCUCAAUCACCAGUAUCUCCGACACAGACUUUUUGUGCGAAAUAUUCGACAAUAACUUCACUAUCGAUGCACUCAAUGAACAGAUUGUGAACAUUGAGACCAGUGUUCGCACAAAUGAUUGCAUUGAUAGUCAAACAAACCAUAUCUCAAAAGAUAAUAAUCAAAAUAGUGAUAAUUAUACGCAAAACCUAUUAACACAUUAUUAUUCACCGGAAAGUGUCGGCGAAAAAGUAGUGUUAGGGUAUGAGAUGCCUGUCAUACCCAUCGGCCGACCCAUCGAUGACCACAAAAGUGAUUUCAACGAAACCGAAAUCUACAUAAUCACUGAACUGAUCCAAUCGACUGAAUUUCGAUCAUUCGGGACAACUUCUUUUGACAAUUAUGUGAGAAAUGUAUCCCAAGCUGUGAAAGGGUUGACCGCAUUCAACACCAUCUGCGAAGACGACCGCAUCUUACUAUUGAAGUACAGUUGCAUUGAAGUGAUAUUCUUGCGGUCCAUUCUCUGCCUCAACGAUACCGCCGAUUAUCUCCGACUUCAAAGGACUCCAACAACACAUUUACAUGCAUUUACUUCAACGCUAUUUAUUACUGAAAUAUCGGUCAGAAUCGGAGGCAAAGACCCGAUUCUCGCAAUUCAUGAACAUUUUGACGGAACUAAACGUCUUGAGAGACAUCCAGAGGACGCAUACUUUGAAUCAUUCACUGAAUAUCUCACCACUUCUACAAGAAGUCUUUGAUUUAAAACCGAUUCCUAACACAAUUAUUGGCUAAUUUAAUGGUUCUGUGGAGUAAAGCCUGUGAUAAGGAUUACAACACCCGGUGUUGAUGAAGGAACAGCUUUAAUGGCGA